AUGGACAUGUCCACCAGCUAUGGCCAUAACACCACCAAAAUCCCCUUGUAUUACCAGUGCUGUGAAAGAGGGAAGAUGAACUCAGAGGAAUCAAAUAGUAAGAGUUCAAACAGUAUGGCAGAAGAUGGUGAGAUUUUUGAAGUGGACCGAGUUAUUGACAUCAGAUGGGUGACAAAUGAUAACGGACGAGAGAUAGUACAAUACCGGGUGCGGUGGAAGUAUUAUAAACCAAUUGAUGACACGUGGGAGCCUCCAGAACAUUUUGAAGAAGAUUGUGGUGGUGUUCUGCGUGACUUCCAUGAGAAGUAUGAAAAGAUGAAAGAGGAAAUUGUUGAAGAAGCAUUUAGAUCAGAAGUCAAAGAGAUUGAGCAAAUAACAGAGAAGACAACUGUGAAGGAAGGACACAAGAGUAUAAUGGUGUAUCAUGUGACAUGGUUUGGCUACCCCAAAGCAGACUCAACAUGGGAGUCAGAGAUAGAGCUUGCACAUGCCCAGGAUAAGAUUGAUAUGUUUCUGCAUAAGAAACGUGUCCAAAAAGGGAAAAGAAAAGGCAGGGAUUUGCCAGAUUUCGUAAUUCCAGAUUAUGAAAGAUCAACAAAUGUGAAAAUCAAGAAAAGCAAAACAAAAUGGGGACACAAAAAGAGACGGAGCGAUCUUUAUUCCAUUGUUAAAGGUCGAAGAUCAAGUCAAAAGAUCAACAAAUGUGAAAAUCAAGAAAAGCAAAGCAAAAGGGGGACACAAAAAGAGAUAGGUAAAGAUAAUAGGACAAAGACUUAUGGUAAUCUGCUAUCAGGAAAAGAUUUGCAGAAAGCCUCCUCAAGUAAACAAUCUGAUGCAUAUAAGCAAAACAUCACAGUAAAGAUUGAAUCUGAUAUUGAGAUAGAAGAUCCCUUUGAAGGAAGCAGCAUUCUAGCUGGUUUGAUUCCCUAUGAUCCAGAACAUGCCAAGAAAGACCUGGAGGAACAGAUGAAGCACACCUUAAUUUUAACAGAGGCUGAAUUUUGUGAUGCUGCAGAUAUGGGAGACUAUGACACAGUGUUUGCUUCAAUGCGGAGUGAAAGAAUCCCAGAUGUAGAUUUUACAAAUCUUUUCCUCAAAGCCUCCCGGCGUGGACAGCGAGACCUUGCCCUUAUGCUCUCUACCCAUGUCCCAGACCUGUUAAAGAGGGAUGAAUGGGGGGACAACGCUCUUACCAUAGCAGCAAAACUGGGUGAUGUUUGUUUUGCCCAUUAUCUCCUGCUGCUAGAUGUUCCAGUGAAUGAAUGUAACAGCCUUGGCCACACAGCAAGAGAAAUUGCCAUAAAACUGGGUCACAUUCAUUUCUUAAAGUUCCUGCAGGAGUAUGAAAGUGGAAUUAUUUAA